AUGAUGCGGUGGCUCAGCAGGGCUGCUCCACUGGCGCUGCUGCUGCUGAAUGGUUUUAGCAGCAAUGUAGAAGAUGCAGUAGCAACACUUCCUCUUAGACCAACUCCUGAGCAGAGAGCACCCUCAGAGUUAAACUUCGACGCGCAGUUGAUGGUGGAAACGAUGGACACUCUGGCCUGGCACCUGCACCACGACCGUCUCGCCCUUGCCCAUCUUAUCAUGGCGAUGCUGGAAGGAUCGCGACUGGAAACUCCUCGUGAGGUGAUAACUAAGUGCCAUGGAGAUUUUUCUCAAGUCCGCGGAGUUAUUAAGGCAGUUCUCGUUCGAUUGCCCAGAACACCUCCUGACGCUGAUUAUGUCUUCACGGGUUCUUUCGGGUCUUCCUCUGAUUCCGGCACUUCUACUUGUUCCUGCUCUUGCGCGAAGGUGACCCCAGCAGUGACGGAGGUAUUCCUGAGGGCGCGGCGUAUAGCGGAGGCGGAGGGGUCUUUGACAGGAAUGCAGCAUCUCUUCCUUGCCCUUCUCUACUGCCCCACCUUCUACAAAAUACUUGUCAACAGCGGAUGCGACAUCGAACUGUUCAAGGAGUACGCAGUAGCCACCCUCGGGUGCUGCUCAUUCUCGUCGCUGCUCUUGAUGCGCGAUCCGUGA